GUCAGUGUCAAUGUCAGUCCUUGUAGAAUAGAAUUUGUCAUUCGCUGAAAAAAUAAAUUACUACAGUUUUCAGUGAAAUCUCACAUAAUUUAAUUUCUAAAUUGUAUGAUGCUGUUCUAAACGGAUCAACAUGGCCUCGAACUUGCAAAAGAAGCCCUCAAAGGGCAUUUUGAAGACGUCGCGAAGCGUCGACGGGCAGGAAGGUACGCCUUCGACGAGUAAGCGGCCGAAGGAGCAGAGGUUCGACGAGUUGAAUAUUAUGGAGACAUUUCACCCGGCGAACAAGGAUUACGGGCACAUGAAAGUGGACGAGCCGAAGACUCCGUACUCGGAGGCCGUGGACGGCGAGCUGGAGCCGGGCGACGAGCUGGACGCCAACAUCCUGGCCGCCAAGCUGGCCGCCAGCAUGAACAAGCCGCCCAAGUGCAUGGACGCGUGCGAGGACAGCGACGAGGACAUGGACGAGCCCGAGGAGGUGCGCAAGAAGCGGAUCGAGUUUGAGAAGAAAAGAAAAAUGCACUACAAUGAAUUCCAAGCUCUCCAAUUAGCAAGACAGCUCAUGGCCCAGGAAGAAGAAGAAGAAGAGGAUGAUGACAAACCUGAGAAGGCAGCGACCUGACUGCCGCGCGCCCGCGCUCCUGUACAGAACACUCUGCAGCCGCUACCUGCAGCUGCGAUUUACUAAUUGGUUUUAAUUUAUUUACUACUAUUACACAAAAUAACGAAAGGAAAUCUAAUUAGAAAGAAAUCAUCAUAUUUUAGUUACAAUAUUUUGUAUUAGAGUAAUUCAUAUACAUUGUUUUCUCCUACUAGACUGAUUUGAACGAGUGGUUUACCACUGACUUGUUAUUCACUGAAUCUGCGAGAGAAGACGACACACGAGGGCAAACAGUAUAGAUUGAUUAUUAAUAUGUUCAUGAGUGUAGUGAAGUUUUGAUACCAGUGAUGUGCCAACUGGAUAGUUUGUCUGAUCAAGUGACUAGGUAUUUGUAGGCAUAGUUCGUUUUCAUAGAGAUGUGAUUUUUAAAAAGUCAUAUUAUAUUGAAAUGCAAAUAAAUUGUUACGUGUUCACUUUGAAAUAUCUACUAUAUUAUAGUAUGUAUACAUAAAAUUAUUUUGGUAAUGACUAGUCAUGGUAUUCGGUCUGAACGUUUAAAGUUCCAGCUUCUAAUGUUAAAUUUAUUCUAAAGUUAAGUGAUGGCAGUAGGAUAUAUUGUUCCUUGUAUCUGAAUCAUAGUGUUCAACACUACAUUUAAUGAAUUUGCUAUACUAAAGGCUUAGAUAAGUUGACAAAAGUAUUUGUGCAGUAGAGGGCAGGUGACAGAUUUAUUGACCAAGGGCAUGCAUAAUAGUUAAUCAUGACUUUGAACUAGUUUAGGUUUAUCUCAGCUUCCUUAUGGUCCUUUAAAUAUCAGAACAGUUCGCUACUAGAUGCUACACUAGUGUUCUAAAAAUCUACAUAACAUUAGAUAUCUUUAUAGUCAAUAAAAGAUUGUAUUUUUUCAAAAAAGUUUUUUCGGUUAUAAGAAUAAUUUAUGUUUAUUUCAUUCUAAAAUAAAUGACAAAUGUAUUUAGUUUUCAGAUCUAUAAUAAUAUAGUUACCUAAUAUCUGUUAUUAAACAAGACCAUGACCAAUAAAAUAUGAUUAUGUGAUUACAAAAAAUGCUCAAGGGAAGUAUUUUACCAGAUACCUACUAUAUCAGUGAUUAAUAAUCACGUCACAGCCAUCAUUUCAUUUAGUAACAUGCCCCCUGAAUUCACAUAAAAUUAUAUGAAAUACAGUAUUAAUAUUUUUGUUACAAGAUAAAGUAGAUAAUUAUUGGAAAUUAGAUUUAAAUAUUUAUGCAAUAAGUAUCGCUUGAUGCACUUUGUUUAUAAUUGUAUUCAAUACAUAAAUUAAAGUACUAAUUUACUGUCAAGAACAUAUUUUGCUAAACUUAUGACUGCACAUUAUUCAAUUAAGGAUCAUGGCAGUAAGCCACUUUCAAAAUUUUAAAAUAACUACGAAACUAACCAAUGUUUUUGAUCAUCACAAAGCUACCAAAUUGCUUAUGGAUAGGAUAUUAAUAAUGGAAUAAUAUAGGUAUAAAAAUAUUUUUUAUCUUAAAAUUCUUUGGCAUUAGCUAUGUAAUAUUUGAUACACGUAAAUUGUAUAGUUUAAUGGAUGUUUUCUUCUCUUCUAAAAUGUCUUCCUAUUUUUAGAUUUUCUUUUAUGUGCUUCUGUAUGGUCACUUUCUGCUCCUGUGUCAAAACACAAAAUACAGUAUUUAGUGGUCGAGAUAUGCUUGAGACGUUUUGUAUCGCCGAAUGUUUACCACUGCUACAGAGGUGUUAAUUUUAGAACGUGUAUCGACUAUUAGUGAGCUUGUUUAGCUAAUUUGCAACUAGUGGAUUUUGUGCUAUAAUGCUGGUAAUGUUCACUUGAGUGUUUUCAGUGAAUAUUUUUAUAAAAUGUAGGUUCCCUGAAGGUAUAAGGUUUUUCCCUGAAGGUAGACUUUAAAUCCGAUCUUUCAAUAGAAACUGCUCACAAGUCAACCAUUGCAAAUAAAAAGUAAUCUUUGCUCAAGUAGAAAUUGUGCCUGUGUAUUUUUCGAUCGACUAAGAGAACGAAUAAAAGCAUUUGCUUAGUAUUACAACAUUAUGCAGCUCUUUUGCACUUAAUAUUUCUCUGAAUGCCUCUCUCAGCCAUACUCUCAGCGUAACAACAGAAAAAAGGACUAUAACAAGUGAUGCUAAUAUU